GAAACUAGUUAAUGGAAUACACUAACCACAAAGGUGUUGGAAGAGGAGUCCAGGACAUCAUCCUCACAGGCACUAACUACAUGCCUAUCACAAUUGAGAGAGACGGGUCUCUCAAGAAGCAUUUUGAGAGUUACCUUGAUUGAUUAUUUCAAACUUGCAAUGAACUUUGAAAGCCUAAAGAUGAGAAUGCCCAUGUUAUCCCAAAACCUCUGAACGAGGCUCUUCCAAGUAGAUUUGCUAAUCUCAAAUAAGAUAAUAAAUCAGGUGAAUCCUCGAUGCUUUUAUUCUCUUUAUUGGCUGGUUUUCUAUGAAAUUUUCCAAGAGAAGAAAAAGAGUGAACUACAGAAGCUUAUCUCUGCUUCAUUUGCAAAAGGGUAUAACCAGUUUUUCUGAAAUGUAAAAUUUGAAGAUAAGAAGAAAAAUUUGCACUUAAUUCCCUUUAUAUUUGCUCAUGCAUAUAUAAAGUUGUUCUACCAGAUGUUCCCAAGUAGUAGACUAUUAUUCACUCGUCAGUGCGGGCUAAAGAUCUUCCGGCUUUGUAUUUAUGAAAUGCAAGGAAUAACGGUAUCAACGACUUAUAUCGAGAUGUUCCUCCGAAGAAAUUUCAAGGAUGACCUACUCUCACUGAUUAGUAUUGCUACAUGUGAAAAGACUCCUGAAGAAGUAGAGUUCUCUGAAGAAAGAACUAUAGUGAAAGUCACAAACAAGGGUGAUAUGAGAGAAGACCUUAGCGAAAAGAUUGAGUAUAUUCUCGACCCAGUAAAAAGAGAAAGAUUAAAAUAAUAUGAAAAACAACAUUGUCAAAAUGUCUGAAGCUAUGCUUAAGCAGAAAAGAGAGAUGGAAGAGGAAGAAGUCCAUGAAGAGAAAGGUUUUGAUCAUGCUUUCAGGCCAGUAAAAAGAAAAAGUACUACAAAUUUUCUUAUGAAUUUCACCAAGGUAAAGCCAAGGAGGCAAAAACACUCUUCAUGUAAUCGAGACUUAAACAAAAAGGAAGAAGCUCGAACUUGUAGGCAGGCAUGGCUCACAAAUUGGAGGAAUUCAGGUGUUAAGUGCGCUGAAACUCCAAAUUUAUUUAAAAGGAGAAGGAAAUUAAGUCAGUACGAUACAAGCCCAUCUAAUAGUAAAGGAAUACUUUCAAAAAGAAUGAAUAAACAUAAUUCAGUAAAAAUAAUCAGGCCAAUGACUCAGGUUAAAAGGAGCAGGCAUAGUAUAGAUAAUAUUCCGAUUUCCAAGAGUGGCAAAUAAAUCUUCCCUCGUAAUUAACGUAGAUGCCCAGUAUGCAAUGAAAUCAGAAGCAGAAAGACUUAACAGGAUUGCCCCUAUUAAAGAGAUGUUUUGUUGAACAAUGGUCAGCCCAGCAAUGAAGAAAUUUUAUAAGUUUGAGAACUUAGUCACUUUAUCAAAGGUGAAUUUUUCAAGAGGGGAUUCACUUUUGUUUCCAUUAAAGAAGCUUCCUGAAGCCUCUAAGUUAUAAUUUUAUUUAAAAGUAA